UGCCAUUACCCACAGGAUAAAGAAAGGGCCCCUGUUAUCCAACAAUAGGGGAAAGACAGAGACAAUGGGAAAUUGUGUUUCCGAUGGGGUGGGGAUAGAGAAGGAAAGGACAGACAGACAGACAGGGGGCUGCACAGAAGGGGUCAGGUUUCUUGAAGCAGCUGGAAGGCCGGCUCCCACCUUGAGAGCCUCUUCCCAAAGGCAAUGCACACCCAGGAACUGGAGGGCAAAGGAGCAACUGUCCCAGGGUUUUAAGGUGCUUGGAACUCCCAGGAGCCUGGCCACACCUUCAUCUGGAACCUCUUCCUCAAGCAGGACUGCAAGCUGUGAGGCACUGCUCCCUCUGUCCAUGUGAGGAGACCAGCUUUUAACAGACAGUGCUAGACUGAAUCCACCAUGCCAGGCCACCUCACCCUCCUCACACUCUGCCGCUUCCUUCUCCCUUGGGCCUUCACCAUUUUCCACAAAGCCCAGGGAGACACAGCAUCCCACCCGGGCCCCCACUACCUCCUGCCCCCCAUCCACGAGGUCAUUCACUCUCGCCGUGGGGCCACGGCCACGCUGCCCUGCGUCCUGGGCACCUCGCCUCCCAGCUACAAGGUGCGCUGGAGCAAGGUGGAGCCCGGGGAGCUCCGGGAGUCGCCGAUCCUCGUCACCAACGGACUGCUGGCCCGGGGCUACGGGCCCCUGGGCGAGCGCGCCAGGAUGCGGCGGGGGCAUCGGCUAGACGCCCCCCCGGGUGUGGUGUUUCCGUACCAACCGCGCCGGGGCCGGUACCAGUUCAAUUACUACGAGGCGAAGCAGGCGUGCGAGGAGCAGGACGGACGCCUGGCCACCCACGCCCAGCUGUACCAGGCGCGCCUUUGGAGACAGGGCAACAGGAAGGGGGAGGACCGCGACCAGAGGUCACCGACAGGCCGAGGGAGAGUCCGCAACGUGGCGGGCGGCCUGGCCCGGGCGCAGGCGGAGAACGCAGGCUGUCGUUGCGCUCGGCGCCACGCGCCACGCGCCACGCGCCACGCGCGGGCGCGCACACUCGCUAAGAUUGCUCCCGUGCAAAUCUGCCAGGAGCUGCACACCUGCCCUACGGGCCCCAGAGAACAGAUAUAA